CCUAGGACAACCUAGCAAGGCUGUUUUAUCCGAAUUAUAUUUCAAGUUCCAGUGCUUCUCUCUGUUCCUAUGGUGGAAGGGUUUUAGUUCUUGCUCUGGACCUGACAGCCCUGUCUGCGGCUCUAAACGAGGAGUUAUUGAAGCUGGAAUUACGGCGGGCGGAGAUAGAUUCGCUGAUUCUAGAACCGGUGCAAUCGGAGUCAGAGGAGAUAUCUCAGUGACAAGGUUUCCAGGGAGGCACCCCAAAGCCACAGCUUGGGAUUCUGCACACAGACAGCAGCAGGUACAAUGCCAGGAGCCUCAGACCCCAGACUGGAGGAUGACGCUGAAGACCAUCCGGAACGGCGUUCACAAGAUUGACACUUACCUGAAUGCAGCUUUGGAUCUCCUGGGAGGAGAGGACGGUCUCUGUCAGUAUAAAUGCAGUGAUGGAUAUAAGCCUUUACCCCGCUAUGGCUACAAACCUUCACCACCCAAUGGUUGUGGUUCUCCUCUUUUUGGAGUUCAUUUUGACAUUGGCAUUCCAUCAAUGACCAAAUGCUGCAAUCAACACGACAGGUGUUAUGAUACCUGUGGCAACAAAAAACAUGAUUGUGAUGAGCAGUUUCAAUAUUGCCUUUCUAAGAUCUGUAGAGAUGUACAGAAGACAUUGGGAAUACCAGAGAGUGUACAAGCGUGUGAGUCAACAGUUCAACUAGUGUUUGAUGCAGUCAUACAUUUAGGAUGCAAGCCAUACCUUGAUAGUCAAAGAGCUGCAUGUAUGUGUCGGUAUGAAGACAAAAUAGACCUUUAAAGAAGCUUUUGACCUGGUUUCAGAUUCGUCUGUAUUGUGAGAGCACUUUUGUUGUUGCAAAGCUGUUUAAAGCAUACAGUUGGAACGUUAAGCUGGUCUACGCUUCUGUAGAAGACACUAAUUUUUGUAAGUUUUUAUAUAGCACUUCUUCCCUUGGUUACGUUUGCAUACAUCCUUAAUCUUUAAGGAUUUUUUGCACACAUCUUUUAAAGCUAAAAUUGGUAUUUUGGCAACUGACCCUAGAGUGGGUACAUUGUGGAUGAGUGCUGCUCUGAACUGAUGAAGAUGAAUACACGUAACUGUUGCAUGGAGUAAAAAGUAGGUCAAAUUUUGGUCUUACUCGGUAUGUCUUUUGCACCUUGUUUGAUGGACAAGAAAAAGAAAUGCUUUAAAAAAUUAUGGGUUCUAUUUGUAAUCUUAUGUUGGUGUAACUAUGGGAUAUUUCUUCAAAUAGAUUCUACAUCUAUAGUACAAUCCUAAGUAUGUUUAACGAAGUCCCACUAUUCAAUGGGGCUUACUCCCUAGUAAGUGCAUUUAGAUUUUCAACCUUACAUGGCAAUCUUGUCUACACUUACCUGGGAGUAAACCCUACUGAACACAUUGGAGCUUACUUUUGAGCAAACACGCAUAGGAUUGUCCUUCAUGUCUGCUAACAAUCAUAGUAGAGAGCCAGUGUGGCGUAGUGGUUAGUGUUGGGCGACCAGGGUUCGAAUCCCCACACAGCCAUGAAGCUCACUGGGUGACCUUGGGCCAGUCACUGCCUCUCAGCCUCAGAGGAUGGCAAUGGUAAACCACCUCUGAAUACUGCUUACCGUGAAAACCUUAUUCAUAGGGUUGCCAUAAGUCAGGAUCAGCUUGAUGGCAGUCUAUUUCAUUUUUUUUCAACAAUCAUAGUAUGCCAAAAUAUUCAUCUUAAUAUUUAAGGAUUACCUUAAUGUGAGUUCAAUAUCUCUGUAUCCAUUUAUACAACAGACUUACAAGUGCCUUAAAAGUAAGAAUACCAGCUGAGUCACAGAGUAAACCCACUGAAAUCAAUGAAUUUUAAUUACUGAAGUACUUUGAUAUUAACAGGUCUAUAGGUAUGACUUAGUUGGAUAAUGCCCUUAAAGUUUGAGAUACUAUUUAAAAUAGUUAACUGGUGAAGUUCAGUUGUUUACAUGGUGACAUUCUAGGGUUUAUCAAGUCCCAUCUGUCUAAGCAAUAGAACAAACAUGUUUUUUCAGUUAUCUGAGAACGCUGUGAUCUUUUUAAUUUACAUUUGAUUUUUAAUUAAAUGUUUUAGACACAUACAUCCUGUGUAGUAAAGGUAUCUUAACAUGUAUUGCAAUGCUAGAAUUUUAUUGGCCUGAAAAAAAGAAAUACUUGCUUUUAGUGUACGGAACAUUUGACUAUCAGACCUCUUUUUAUUCUGUGCUGUUUCAAAACUAAAUUAUAAAAUUAAUGAAUAUGUAUUUCUGUGUUUUAUAGAAUUGCUUUGAGAACUACAAGGGCUAUUUUCCACUUGAUUUUUAAUAAUUUAUUUGCUUGUACUCUUCCAUUUAACCCAAAUAGAAAAACAUGUCUCUAACUCUGUUUUUUAAAAUAAGUCAUUUAUGAGAAAUGAUGGUCUCAAUCCAGCUAAAGUUAAUCAUAAUUGCGCCAAUGAAAAUAGUUGGUCUGUCUGUCCUAUUAAUUUUAAUAGGUCUUGGUCCCAAGCAACUUUAGUUGGAUUGAAACGUAUACUUGGGUAUCAGGUUUUACAGAACUGUUUUGGUCAAAGAUAUUCAGAAUGUGAAUUUUUAAUGCUGAGCCAUCUUCCAAGUUCUGAACACACAAACGCUAGAAGCUGUUGAAUGAAAUUACUUGAAAAGUGGUCUACAAAUAUUUUCUUUUGGGGCCUUUAUUGAUGAAGUACAAGGGAAUUCUUUAAUGUGAAAAUGUGUAAAAUAGAACUGUAUUGGUCUAAAGUGGGGACAAAUAAUUAAAGAGCCAAAGCUGUGUACUUGUCAUGUAAUUUUGCUAUAAAUAAAACUAAGUAGCAUACUAUUACGAGGAAAACUUGCAGGAUUCAUUUCACAAACAUUCAUUUUGGCUGUAGGUGAGCCUUACUUAGGCUCAUAUGAUUUCCCUGCCCCACUCUAGUGUGGCUGCAAGGAUGCUGGAAACUUUCAGUUCAUUAUUUGACUAACUGUUGUUUAGCAUUGUCCAAACACAGAUAAACUAUGAUUAGUCCUAACACU